CGCCUCUCUCUGUGUACAACGAAUAGUUUUUUCUCUAAGAACUUGUCAAGCUACAGUAUUAUGCAUUUAAAACUUCAAUCAUUUCAAUAACAAGUAGUUUUUGAACUUAUAGAUAAACGUAGUGUUCAGAGUUAUUUGUGAUUCAUUAUGUAUUGAUUUCGAGUGUUAAUUGUGUUCUCGUGGCCGAGAUUGUAAAUUUAAAUUGUGAAUAAGGAGUUUCUUGGCUUCCAUCAACAGGCAUCAAUGCGAAGUGGAGCAUUAGCAGCUAUGGAGGCAGAGCCAGACCUCAGUACGUUCGAGAACAAAUCCGGUCUGGCCGAAGAUAUGAAGUUUCUGGCGUCUAUGCCUGAGUUGUGUGACGUCACGUUUCUUGUUGGGGACACGAGAGAGCCAGUUUGCGCCGUCAAGGCUGUAUUGGCAGCUAGAAGCAGGGUGUUUCAAAAGAUGCUCUAUCAGGCACCGAGUCCUCAAAGAAAAAAAGAAUCGGCUCCGAGAGAGAACAAACUCAGGCUUUUCUUAAAACGAUCUUCGGAACCGCUUCUGAACCUUCAAAACGCAGCUCAGCAGCCAUCAUCUCAGCAACAUCAAACCUUGAUCAUUGAAGAAUUUGAACCAGAUGUGUUUCGGCAACUCAUUGAAUACAUCCAUACCGGGUGUGUUACAUUGCAGCCUAGGACUCUGUUAGGUGUAAUGAACGCAGCUGACUACUACGGGCUGGACGAACUACGACGCGCCUGCGCAGGUUUCGUUCAAUGUUGCAUCACUGUUGAUACUGUAUGCGCCCUGCUGGCGUCUGCUGAGAGAUAUAUACAAUAUAAGUGUACCAAGACUUUGGUGCAGAAGGUUCUGGAGUUCGUGGACGAACACGGCAACGAAGUUCUAAAUUUGGGAUCGUUUACGCUUCUGCCCCAACAUGUUGUGCGACUGAUUCUUGCUAGAGAAGAACUUAAAGCUGAUGAAUUUACUAAAUUUCAAGCUGCCUUGAUGUGGAGUAAGAAAUGCUUUGAUACUAAUCCGAACAUAGUCCUUAAGGACGUGAUUGGGAAUUUUCUGGAGUAUAUCCAAUUUCAUAAGAUUCCUGCCAAUGUGCUGAUGAGGGAAGUACAUCCACUCGGCUUGGUUCCAUACUCGAUCAUCAUGAAUGCGUUAGCAUAUCAGGCAGACCCGGCCAGCGUAGAUCCCGGUAAACUUUCCCCCGCGAGGGUGCGACGGGCCGGCCGGUCCAUGUCGGUGCAAUCGUCGCUGGACCCGUACGGCUCCAACACCACCCUCUCCUCCACCGGAUCCAGCGAUGUUCCUUCUUCCGACUCACGGCACAACUAACGCGAGGGGAACGUCCCCCGUCCCGCGCCCGAUCCUACCCCCGGACCUUCCACAUCCACUCAACAGGAAAAACCAGAAAAACUCGGCUUAUUCUCUUCCAUCAAACGCGCCGCCAGCAAGAAGUUUGGCGAUCGCCGAUCUCCGACCCCGAAAACUAGAGAACCACGCUCAAAAUCUGAUUCAAUCAAGCAUGCAGCUCUCACGAGGCAGGUUUCGGAAACAGUGGCAGCCUCCGGAGAUCCGACAUUUGAACGUUGUAAGCCACGAAAACGUGACAGUGAAACUGAAUUCCCAGUUCGUAAAUCAACUUCCGAAAUAUCAGACAGCUUUCCAUUUGUGCGCCGAGCGUUAGCUGAAAUAGAGAACGGCUUAAACUACUUCAGAAGAUCUAUUACUUCUGACGUAACGGAACCGAGAGCACCAUUAGUAAGAACCGAACCGGUGGUUGUCGUGGCGGCUGCCGAAGAUGAACCGCCGUCAUCACCACCGCCGAUGGGGCUGAAAGAGCGACGCGGUUCACGCGGUUCGCCCUGUGCAAAUCUUCCUCCAUUGACGCUGCCGCCGAUGAAUCCGGAUCCUUCUCCUGGCCACUUAUCUCCGAACCGUAUGUCUCCGCAACGCCUGAAAGAGCCGUUGACAGCUCCGCUGAUGAACCCGCCUCGACGUUCCCGAACGCGUUCAGAGAUGCACCCCGACCCACCGCCACGCUCGCCCGACACGCCGCGACCGGCUUCAGUGUCUCCCAAGCAUACGUUUGCGUUUAAAAUUGUGAUGAAAAAAGUGGAAAGCACUCCGAACACUUCGUUUGAUAGGCCGGAGCAAUGAGAGUACCUCCUCUAAGCGCGGCCGCUGACAGGCGGUGGGGUACUCGAGGUUCUGACGCGCUUUUCUCCGCUCUAGGAAAAGCUAGCAUAGAGUAGUUAUAUACACU